ACGGUACCCAGCGACGCUUAAUGCCGGCAUGGCGCGCGUGCGCGGUAUCGUUUGCGAUGUUUCAAAACAGUCACAGUGGGAAUAUAACAUGCGAAAAAAUGAACGACCCGUCUAAAUCACGGAAUUUGGCACAAAAAUGAUCUUGGGGAAAAAAAGUAAAUGGCCCGUCACUGUUAAAGAAGGAACAAAGAUGCCAGUUCUUCUACAAGAUUGCAGGUUUUGAUUUUCCGGAUGAAAUCGUACAGAACUACCUAAGCCCACCUGUUCUUAACAUUGCACAAGUAAAAGCGUCGCCGACGAAGAAGCGUGUUAGCGUAAUGGCGAAUGUGGAAGAGGUUGGAGAAGUCCGUAAUGUCGCAGGAGGGAAGAGAAUACGCACAGUCUCGUUAAAUGACGGAGAGGAGUCCAUUCGGCUUAGCCUCUGGGAAGAACAUACGGACAUUCCCAUUCACAUAAAUGAUCGACUCAAAAUCGAGUGUGUGGAGGUUUCGGAAUGGAACAACGUAAAACAAUUGGAUUCGACGUCAGCCAUGCGUGUUGAGCCAGUGGUAAUGAAUGAUGAGGAUAAGACUGGCCAAGUUAUUGCUCUUACGAGUGACAACCUGGAAUUACCAUAUGAAUUGAUUUUCGAAUGUGAUGGAACAGAAUACGAGGUCACCGUCAAUGGUCAAUCCAAUAUUGAAGUAAACCUGCACCAUCUGCCCACAAGGGGGAUCUUGAGCAUCCGGCAGGAGGGGAUGGUCAUGGUGUGCGUCAGGUUGAGACAGGAUGAUGUUUAAGUUUAUGUAAGACUUUACCUUAGGAUGUAUAGGUUUUAGCAGAGCCAUCAAUAAACAAAGUUCGGCCAACCCGGCUCGUUUAGGUUAUAACAUGGCGCAUAUUGCUUUGUUAGGCAAGCACAAUACAAAAGAAAAUGCGCCAUGUUGUUACCCAAAUGUAACCGAGUUGGCCAAACUCUGUUUACUAAUGGCUCUGGGUUUUAGUUGAAGGUAUGAAGUACAUGUUCAUGUUAAUAUUAUUUUGAUUUGGAUAUAAUUGGUGAUGUACAUUGCCUGUAUUUUCCUUUAGUUUUAUUAUUAUUUUUGCUUUUGGUAACUUUCAAGAAACUUCUUUCAUACAUCUAAGAUA